AUGGACAAUUGCUGUUCCUCCCAUCAAUCACCAAGACCUCAAAGAAGAAUAAAUGGAUUUCAAUUGCCCCUGAACUUCCAACAAGUCACAAGCUGGGUCGUGUUUAUUGCGACUGGCGCGUUGAAUUUUCUUAUAUUGAUAGACAUACAAUUCAACGAACUGAGGACGAUAUCCUUGGUGAUAUUCACUGUACUCUAUAUCUCUCACGUUUCAUCGAAUCUAACGGCCUCAUUAUUAGAUCCGAGUGAAAAAGAAUUGAGAAAAUUGGCUGUUUACAAUGUUCCUGAGUUUGAUCGAGCAGUUCACGCCCACGUUAUCGAAAAUGGAAGAUGCCAUCUGUGCAACAUACACACAAGCAGCAGGAGGACCAAACAUUGCAGUAUUUGCAAUAAAUGCGUGGACAACUUCGAUCACCACUGCAAGUGGCUUAACAACUGCGUUGGCCGAAGAAACUACCUGGCGUUUGUUGCCUGCGUUACUACGGCUCUCAUGAUAUCUACAUUAACAACAUCAUUAUGUGUAGCAGACAUUGUGAUAUUUUUUACAAAUCCCAAAUAUUUUAGCAUUGAAGCACAAAACUUUAUUAAUUGUAGUACUUCAUACAGUAGCACGAUAGUGAUCCCAGGGUUUUGUAGGACUUCUAUAUCUUUCCUUAUAUUUUUGAUUUUAUUUUGUGUAAUGGCGUUAGCCAUCGGGUGUGCCUUAUUGCAUUUGUGCUGUUUCCACAUUUAUAUAUCGUUGCUAGGAGUUACAACUUAUGAAUAUGUGGUGAGGAGUGGAGACUCGAUGACUCCUUCAUGUAAUUGUUUUAAGGAUUGUAAGUGUUACAGGUGGAAUAUAUCUAAAGACUUGUAUACCAUAAGACAACCGAAACGCCAGGGGCACGGUCGAACUAAUGAUAACACUGAUGAUGAUACUGUGGCAAAUAAAUUAGAAGUUUCUCGUACCGCAGAUAUACAUAAUGGGGAAGCACACGUUAUAAACUUUAUUAGUAUACUAAUUAAUAAUGAAUUAGAUAAAGCAAGGAAAAUGUUUCUUUAUGAUAAGAACAAAAUACACCCUCACGAAGCAAGUAGUAGCAGAUAG